CACAGGUCGUUUCCAGUAGCUUUAUAAAGAGUCUUCUGUGAAGGCGUAUUCUGACUUCAGUGUUUCUGCCGUGCCACUCUGGACGGCCACAUGUGAGCUAAGAGACAAAUACAUUCAGUUCCAGGAUGAGUCUGAACUUCACAGUACCUUAUGACACUGGUGGAAUGUUGCACAAGUUUGAGUGGUUAGAUUUUACUUUCUUUGGGCUCAUGCUGGGAUCGUCAACAUUAAUUGGCGUCUAUUUUGGCUUCUGUGGCAAGAAAGAAGAUACCCCAAAGGAGUAUCUGCAUGGUGGAAAGACAAUGGGCACAAUUCCAGUGGCUGUGUCACUUGUAUCCAGCACGAUAUCUGGGAUCACAGUAAUAGGCGUACCAUCCGAGAUCUACAUGUAUGGAACCCUGUAUUGGCUAGUGUGCCUUUCCGCGGUCUUAACUGGGAUAAUCAACAGUUACUUCUAUCUGCCUGUGUUCUACGAAUUGCAGCUCACGUCUACGUACGAGUACUUGCAGCUACGGUUCAACGCAAGCGUCCGGAAAAUGGCGUCCAUUUUGUGUACCAUCUCUCUACUCCUCUACAUCCCGAUUGUUGUGUACGUCCCGGCAUUAGCACUCAGUCAAGUAAGUGGCUUCAGUUUGCAUUACAUCACUCCAGUGAUUUCCUUCAUCUGCAUCUUUUACACUGUGCUGGGUGGUAUGAAGGCAGUCGUAUGGACGGACUUCUUGCAAGGAAUUGUCAUGGUGGUGUCAAACGUCGCAGUUAUCGUCAUUGGCAUCAUCCACGUCGGUGGAUUCGCUGAACUGUGGGGCAGGAGCAUAAGUGGUGGAAGAAUACGGGUCUUCGAGUUCAACCCUUCACCCUUCAAAAGAAUGACAUUCUGGACUGUUGUUCUUGGGAACACUGUUGCCUGGAUGGGCCUAGCGGUAAAUCAAGCAAUGGUGCAGAAAUUCAUGUCUCUGUCAUCAUACUCGAGAGCAAUCAAAUCACUCAUUUUCUUUGUUCUUGGAUUAAUCAUAACCAAAUCUAUCACCUGCUUCACCGGUCUUCUUAUUUAUUCCACGUACCACGAUUGUGAUCCCCUUGAAGCAAAGGCCAUCUCCCAACCAGAUCAGCUGCUGACUUACUACGUGAUGGAUAUAUCCGGUUAUAUUCCAGGUCUGGCCGGACUCUUCGUAGCAGGAAUUCUUAGUGCAGCACUGAGCACCAUGUCAAGUAACCUCAACUCCCUCGGUGCUACCUUGUUCGAAGACUUCAUACGCCCGUGCAUGAGGGACAAAAUAGCCGAUAGAACGGCGAACAGGAUCGUCCAGUCUAUUGUCAUUAUAGUCGGCUGCGUCUGUAUAGCUAUUGUCUUUAUUGUUGACAAGUUGGGUGCAAUCUUACAGCUCUCGCUGAGUAUCGGGGGAGUGACUGGAGGAGCUUCACUGGGGCUGUUCUCUUUCGGAAUGUUUUAUCCAAGAGGAAAUUCGAAAGGUGCACUCGCAGGAAGCAUAAGCAGUUUGCUCUUCAUGUGUUGGAUGGUGUUCGGAACUCAGACAGCUAUCGCUAAUGGUUCCAUCAAGCACAGCGUGCUACCUAUGAGAACAGAAGGAUGCGGCCUCAAUGAUUCGACUCCAGCACCUCAGCAGAGUGACGCUGAGGCAGACGAUGUGUUUGUUUUAUACCGGGUCUCCUUCAUGUAUUACACUCUCAUUGGGAUGGCCGCGGUGUUUACAGUCGGUAUAAUCGUGAGUCUGCUGACAGAACCACCGAACCUGCGAGAUAUGAACCCAGCUCUUUUCACCCCUAUCGUCAGGCGCUACGUGGAGCGCAAGACUCGAAGAUGCAACAUCAAGGAAACUGCAGAAAUGGAGCGAUUGAACGUGACACGUGACUGAACCACUAAUUAAUAUUAGAAUUAUUUGUUUUUGUUUUUUACAUAAUUCAAUUAAUAAGAUUCACAUAAAUGUAAUAAAUUACAAGCUCUGCAUCAUCAUCAUCAUCAUCAUCAUCAUCAUUAUCGUUAUCAUCAUCAACUCACUGUAGAGUAUAUUAGUAGCUGUCCAAUUCCAAAGGAAGAAGCGGCCAGUAGUUAAAUAAAAGAGGAUAUUCCACUUAAAUGGCCACAAAAGCCUAUAUAAUUAUAUAACAAACAUAAAAAAGAAUUAAUAUUGUAUAACAUUUUUAGGAGUAUAUAAUACAGUGUCUGUAAAAGCCCACCAUAUUACCCUGUCGUGGGUCAGCUGACUCUCGCUCAUAUUCCUGUAACAUGUGGGUAUGUUUUACUAACAGGUUCGCGUUCUGUUGAGGUUUCUCAAUAUAAACCCAUUAUGCGUGUCCAGUUUCCGUCUAUGCAACUGCCAUUGGUUCAAUCGCCAGGAGCACAGAUCGUGAUGUCACUAAAUGUGUAAUCUUCCCACUUGCUUCCUCUGGGGCCAACACGUGUUCUGUCACAUCCUCCAUACAUGUACUUCCCCACUGGACGAGAAGUCAAAUUUAUGCGCAUAUAAUAGAAGAGGAAAUUUCAAGUUUUGCAUUUUCCAGUCUUUAUUUUUUUUAUAAGGGAAGAUAAAAGACUGGAGAUAUGUAAACAGAAAAAGAAAAUUAUAGCUAACUGCCCCACUUCCAUCAUGAUGAAUUAUAAAUUAAGGUAGUUAAUUUAUGUUACUCACUACAAAUUAUAUACAGUCUUUAAUUUUAAUAUCAACGUAAAUGAGCUGGUUUAAGUCUCAACUACUAUUUUUUUUCUGUGGCGCUACAGCCCCAAUUUGGGCCUAGGCCUACCUCCAU